AUGCGUACACGGAGGCUCUAUACUGUCUUUCCCUUCGCCUCCCGGCUCGCGACAGCGACGGGCGCUGCUCUGGUGUCCUCGCCUGGCGAAACGGCGGCCAUCCCAUCGUGGGACCUGCAGUCGACGGCAUCAGUUGGAACCGAUCUGGGCACUCUCUCGCGGACGGGGCUAGACACAGCAUCAUGGCACCAUGUCAGCAGCUCCAAAUGCACGCUCAUGGGCUGUCUCAUCCAAGCAGGCGUCUACAACGAGACCGAACUAUUCUACUCGGACAACCUGCUCAAGGUCGACGAUAAGCAGUUUUCGGUACCCUGGAUCUACCGCCAUGAGUUCUCGCUGCAGCCUGCCGCCGGCCAGCACUUCUUUCUGCAGACGCACGGGAUAUCCUCGCGGGCGGACAUCUUCCUCAACGGACAACAGGUGGCCUCCUCCUCGGAGCAGGCGGGCGCGUACGCUGGCCAGACGUACGAGAUCACCAAGCUGGUCGGAAGCGAGAAUGCCCUGGCCAUCCAAGUGCAUCCCACCGAUUACUACCGCGACUUCGCCGUCGGCUUUGUGGAUUGGAACCCCUGGCCGGCAGACAACGGGACGGGUGUCUGGCGCGACGUCGAAGUCAAGCAGACCGGCCCCGUCAUGCUCGAGCCGCUGCGCGUGGUGACCCAGCUCGGCACGCCCCUGGGCAUCUCUCCAGCCAACGUGACGCUCAAGGCUCGCGCGCACAAUCUGGAGAAUUCGUCCAUCACCGUCACAGUAACCGGUCUAGUCGCGCCGGUUUCGGGCGGCGGCGCGGUGAUCUGGACUAAGGCCUUGACCCUGCCACCACUCUCCGUCACCGACAUCGUCCUCGACACUGUCGUGCAUAAGCCCGCAAUCUGGUGGCCGCGGCAGUGGGGCGAGCAACCGCUGUACAACGCCAAGAUUACGGUCACCACUGCCGACGGCGGCCUGUCGGACGCGGCCUGCAGCGAGUUCGGCUUCCGCAGCGUGACCCGCACACUGAACUCGUUCAACGACACGGCGUACUACGUCAACGGCCACCCGUUCCAAGUCAUCGGCGGAGGCUACUCCUCCGACAUCUUCCUCCGGUGGGACACCGCCCGAUGGGAGACGCAGCUCCGGUACGUCCUCGACCUCGGCUUCAACACGGUCCGCCUCGAAGGCAAGAACGAGCACCCGGAGCUCUACUCGACGGCCGACCGCCUCGGAGUCAUGAUCAUGCCCGGCUGGGAAUGCUGCGACAAGUGGGAAGCCUGGAGCUACAACGACAACCUUGCCGUCCCCUCCCCGAUCUGGUCCGCGGCCGACUACGCCAUCGCCAACCAGAGCAUGCUCCACGAAGCCGCCAUGCUGCAGCCCCACCCCUCCGUGCUGACCUACCUGAUCGGCAGCGACUUCUGGCCGGACGAGCGCGCGACGGCGCUCUACCUCGCGGCCCUCCGCUCGCUGGACUGGCCGACCCCCGUGGUUUGCUCGGCGGCCAACCACACCUGCUCCGCACAGACCGGGCCCUCGGGCAUGCGCAUGGACGGACCCUACGACUGGGUGCCGCCCAGCUACUGGCAGUCCACACCACCUGCAUCCGCGGCGCUCGCGGCGCCCUUCGCGGGCUUCAACACGGAGCUCAGUCCCGGCUGCGGCACGCCGCCGCUGGCGUCGCUUUCGAAAUUCCUUUCGCCGGCCGACCUGGACGCGCUCUGGCGCGACCCCUCCGCCCGGCUGUUCCACAUGUCGCGCGCCGGCUCGUCGUUCGAGACGCGGGGCAUCUUUGAUGCCGCGCUCGCCGCCCGCUGGGGAGCCCCCGCCGGGCUGGCGGAUUACCUGCUCAAGGCGCAGCUGAUGGACUACGAGGCGGUGCGGGCGCAGGUGGAGGGCUUCACCGCGCGGUGGGCGCCCGAGGAGGCGCAUGCGCCUCCCGGUGGGGGAAGGGGGAGGUCGGCCACCGGGAUGGUCUACUGGAUGUGCAAUGCGGCGUGGCCGGGUCUGCACUGGCAGCUGUGGGACUGGUAUAUGCGGCCGGCGGGGGCGUAUUUUGGGGCCAAGGUGGGCGGCAGGUUGGAGAGUGUGGUGUGGGAUGCCGUGGGGAAGGCCGUGUGGCUGGUGAACCGGUCGCUACACGGGCGCGGGCACAGGCAGAUCGCUGUCGACGUGCUGCGGGCGGAUGGGCGGGUAGUGUAUCGGCGGGUUAUUCCGGUGCAGGCGAUGCCAAAUCGGAGUAGAAAGGUGUUGGCGUUGGAUUGGGCGUUGUGGGGCGUGAGAGACGUGGUGUUCCUGCGGUUGGUGUUGACGGAUGGAAAGGGGACGGUGCUGAGUCGGAAUGUUUACUGGGUGGCGGACACGCUCAACGAGCUGGACUGGGACAACACGAACUGGUACGUCACGCCGGUGACCAGGUAUGCCGACUACACGGCGCUGAACAGACUCGCGCCGGCGCGUGUCUGGGCGGUAGCUGUUCGCGACCGGGAGGACGGGGUGGCGGUGAUUCUGGAGAACAAGUCGCGGGUGCCGGCCUUUUUUGUCAGUUUGAAUCUGGUGGACCGCCGGGGACAGGAUGUUCUCCCGCUGACCUGGGACGACAACUACGUCACGCUGUGGCCGAGAGAGAGGAUGACCCUAAGGGCCAAGGCCGUGGCCGGGACGAAGUGGGAACCCGCUGCCGUGGAAGUGGAGGGGAAGAAUGUAGGCAAGCAGACGGUACCAUUGAGCUACGGGCCUAGCUUCGCUCAGAAGUCAAACUAG